AUGAGGGCUGUAACGUUUGCUUGUCCUUUGGAUCUCAAAAACGACGUCUUUCAACAGCCCAAAACUCCCGAGUUUGACCUCACAGCCAUGUCCUGGUAUUCAGAUGUGACACAUGAAGUCGAGCGACUGACAUCUGGAUAUCGACUCGUCCUCACCUACAAACUCUUUGCAGCGGGGGAAGAUGAGCUAUCGGCCUCCACCUUCUUCCAUCAAACCAAGGGUCUCAAAUCCAUGCUGGCUAGGUUUCGGACUGACCUCCCCAAAGUCGGUAAACUUCUGUACCCCCUAGACCACCUUUACACAGAGUCAAGCUUGUGCUUGAGAAAUCUUAAAGGCCGCGAUCGAUCCAUUGGGCGCUAUUUGAACGAGAUCUUUGACAUAGAUGACUGUGAUGAGUACCAAGAUCAAACUACCCUCAGGACUCUGUACAAUCUGAACGGUGAUCAACUUUCUUCAGAACUCGUUCUCAACCUUGAAGAUUUCUUGGACUACGAUAUUGGGAGGGAAGCCCCUGAUAUCGAGGAUGAAGGGGGGUUGUUUGCUUUCUUCAGAAAAUCGUACCGAGAGCUGAAAGCUCCCCUUUUGUUGUUUCUUCUACAGCACAUGUCAUCUGAGAGAACUGGUUCAUUCAAGAAAUUCCCUGAGCUCUACAAAUUCACCCAUGAGCAUGAUGGACAAUUGGAUUUCCCAGUAGAAAAGCUCAAAUCUGGUCUGAUUACGGGCCGGUGGUCUCAAGGCAGUGAACUCGUCGAGCAGCUGAAAGAAGGCUAUAUCAAAUUGUGCGGGACAAGAAGCUUGGCGGAUAUUGGAGCGGAACUGCAAAACUUUCAACGACAAGGAGCUUUGGCUCCCAUUUGAAAACUAUGGCAUAUAUGACAAAUUUCUUGAGCCUCUUAUCAAGGUUCUGGAGGCAAAUGAGGCGCCUACAAUUCCAGCAGUGCAGGAUUUCCUGGAAACCGCGCUGCGAGAGGUACCCCAUCGUCCGAUCAAUUCCCGGCCAGACGAACUGGUAGGAUGGGCUCACAAGAAGCCUCCCUGUAGGACUACAACAGAGGAGUGCAAAGACUGUCAAUGGCUUGAUGCUUUCCUUGAGGAUCCUGAACAGCAAUAAUGGGAAUUGUCAAUCGAUCGCGCACACCUGCACUACCUUGAGUAUCGUCUAAGAGAUCCGAUCUACUCACCUAAAAGAAUGGAGGCUGGUUUAAAGGUCCAGCGGACGAUUACAAAGCUGG